CCCGCGCCGCGCCGCGCCGCGCCUCGCCGCGCCGGGGCUGCCGGCCGGCAUAAAGGCCGGGCCGGCGCCGGGGCCGGCGCCAUGUCGCGCUGCCCGCUGCUCCGCGCUGCCCUCGGCCGCCCCGGAGCUGUCGCGCCGCGCCGGCGGAGGUUGUGCCCCGCCGCCUUCUCUACCUCUCUCGGUCCUUCGGGCCGGCCGGCGGGCGGAGGUACCCGCGGCGGUACCUGAAGAGAGAGCCUCAAGAUGAACUUUAUUCUGAACACAUUCAGAUUCAUUGGACUUACUGUUUAUUACGUGCUGGAGUCGCUAGUGUUCUACAUUGUGCCUAAACGGAAGAAGAACGUUAGUGGUGAAAUAGUACUGAUAACAGGAGCGGGAAGUGGCAUUGGAAGACUGUUGUCUUUAAAGUUUGCCAGGCUUGGAGCCACACUGGUUCUCUGGGACAUUAAUGAAGAGGGGCUCAAGGAGACGAGUAGACUGGCCCGAGAAAACGGAGGAGCGAGAGUGCACAGUUACAUCUGUGACUGUAGCAAAAAGCAGGACAUCUACAGAGUAGCUGAUGAGGUUAAAAAAGAAGUUGGUGAUGUUAGCAUCCUAGUCAACAAUGCUGGUGUUGUAACUGGGAAGAUGAUUCUUGAUUGUCCAGAUUCACUUAUAGAAAAAACCAUGGAAGUGAACACAAUGGCACACUUCUGGACUUACAAAGCCUUCCUUCCAGCAAUGCUGGCCUCUAACCACGGGCACUUGGUUAGUAUUGCAAGCAUCGCGGGACUGAUGGGAUUCAGUCGUUGUUCAGAUUACUCUGCGAGUAAAUUUGCAGCAGUUGGCUUUGCAGAGUCAAUUGAUUGUGAGAUGAGAGAUCUGCAAAAGACUGGUGUUAAAACAACAAUUGUGUGUCCUUGUCUCAUAAACACAGGGAUGUUUGAUGGCUGCAUAAGCCAGUGGCCACGUCUGUUACCUGCCCUGGAGCCAGAGUAUGUGGCUGAGGAGAUAAUCACUGCUAUUCGGCAGAACCAAGAAUUCUUGCUGUUACCACGCAUUUCUUAUAUGUUUGCUUUGAAAUAUAUCCUACCAGUGAAAGCAUUCACUGUCCUUAUGGACUAUCUUUCGGUCCACCGUGUCAUGACUAACUUCAAAGGUCGACCAAAGAAGGACUGAAAAUGCACAAAGACCAACAGCUCUAAAGUGGACCUUGUUAAAGGUGGUGAUGGGGAAAGUCUGGCUCUGUAGCAGCUGUGAACUUAAGAUGCCUUGCUUAUUAGUAACAGUUUUUAAAGGGAAUUCCUAAUUGGCUCUUAAUCAACAGCUUUCACUUGAACUUUUUUUAAUCUAGUUGAACUGUUGUCUUUCACCUCAUUAUGGAAAUACAUUACUUGAAAUUAGUUGCUUUGGUUAUGUCUGUUAUAAUGCCUUAAAUAUGAUCCUGCAUUACAAACUAACAACUGCAACUUUUGGGGGAGACGAGACCAAGAAGUCGUGUGUUUGGCAGGGAGUCAGGAAAGCCUCUAGAGGACUUGACUUGUUGCUGCCAUUUACUGAACCGUGAGGAGGGGCUGUACUGCUGGUGCCACUACCAUUCCCUGGUAAGCUGAGGAAUUCAAGAGUUCCCUGCAACAACAGAUUCUAAUUUAUAUAAAGAGAAGUUUUGUGAGCUUUAGAUGACUAUGGAUGUUGGGAUGGGGAGGGGGAAGGAUGACAAUUACAGAUUUAUGCACUAAUCUACCUUUUUCUAAUUUAUUUUAAAAGCUAAUACUGUGACUGCAACUUUGUAGUAGAAGACAGACUUCUAAGUGCGGUAUUUUAAGAACAAUUUUAAAUUUUCACGUCCUAAGCAGAAUAAGCUUUUCUACCUUGGAAACUGUGUUCAUUUACAAUACACUUCAGGAAAUGAAAGUUACUAAUUAAAAAAACAGAUACUGCCUAAAUGUGCUGUCCAUAUGCACUGUUCACAAAGACAGCCACUAAUAACUGUGGUGUAUCUGUGUCUUGCAGACUCCUCAUCUUUUUAUACUAACAGAACACAUUUUUCCUCCUAACCAUGAAAUACUAGGCGUGCAGGAUUCUGGAGCAAGGGAGAAGUGGUUUUAUAUGUAUAUGAACAGUAGGAAUCAAACUCCAGUUCUUGUGAGGGCAAGUAGCUUUUCAUUCUUAGUGUCUCUGCGAACAUGUUCUGCUGAGGGAAACCAAAAGCAAUGAGUCCGGCUGUGGGAUUUGUGGAUUCUCAGCAGGUUCAGGUUUGUCACACACAUCCGGAUCUUCCCGGAUAAUUUGUGCCAGAGAUGUACAUCUCCAUAGGGAUUUUCCUACUUUGCAUCAUUAUUGAGCUUGGGAGGGGCCUCUGCUCAGAGCAAGGUCAAUUAGAGCAGGUUGCUCAGUAUUGUGGCCCAUCAAGUUUUGAAUAUCUCUAAGGCUGGAGAUUCUGCAGCCUCUGGGCAACCUGUUCCAGUGUGGGUUCACAUGCAGUUUGAAAACAAACAGAUUAUGUUGAAAUUGAAUGUACUUUUUCCAGUUUGUGCCUGUUGCCCCUUGUCGUUUCAGGGGAUACCACUAAGGGUCUGGCUCUGUUUUACACCUUCCCAUCUCAAGUACUUAGACAUGUUGAGCCUGAGCCUUUUCUUCUCUAGACUGAGCAGUCCCAGUUCUCUCAACCUCUCCCCGUAUGACAGGUGGUCCAGUGGCCCUUCAUGGGACUCAUGCCACUGUGCUCUUAUCUUUUAGAGACAGAGUUCUGUAGUAGGUUGAUUGUGCACAAUCUGUCAUAUGGAGCUGCACUAGAAUAUUUCUGCUAGCUGGGUGUCCUGGUAGGAGUCCACAAAUGUUGCCUUCAUUGCAAGUGUGCUGCUACCACUUUGAAUAUUGUGGUCGCUGUCCAAUUACUUUGACUGGAGGAUAAUAGCCUAUCCGGCUGGUGGUUUUGAUCUCCCACGUUUCCUGAGGUGACAUGACAGAUAUGCAGAGUUGUAUCCUGGAGGUCAGGCAGCACAAAUUGUUUCCUUGUGUUCAGGAGGCGGUAUGGGGUGAGUAUUUGGAUCUUCACAUGACAUGGGAACUUCUUGAGGUAAAAGAUGGCUUACUUCCAGCAUAACUGUGAUCUUGAUUGCUUGCUUUCCUGAUGUGAAGAAGGACUCUUCCUGCUCUCUGCAAGACAAAUCCUCACAGAAGGAUUGCUGUGGUCCCAAGUUUGACUGGGAUGGCUGCAGUGACUUGACAAUCACCGAUACGGUGAUUUGAAGACAGUCCAGAACAUGGUAUUUUGUUGCCUGUUGUGUUUCUUUUCUCUGUGUGUUCACAUUCCUGUGGUAGCAAAAAUAUUACUAUCCACUAAUGCUUCAAAGUGCAGAGAAUAUUAUUUUUAUAACUUGAGCCUCUGAACAAGAUGGAAGAGGAAAACAGCGACAAAAAGAAGUAGCAGCUAAGAUACAGGCUCUGUUAUUUUGUGAAUUUGGAAAUUGUACCCAACAGCAACAUGUAGCUGCUUAGAAGCUGGUCUUCAUGGUGGUCUGAUCUUAUUUCAGGCAGGAACCCAGCAGAUACCUCUCUUCUGGUAACUUUCCUAGGGGCAGUUGGUCUCCUGAAGACACCUCUGUGGACUGUAUGCUUUGCUAAGCAGCUGUCCAAAAAAACCCAUAGGCUUUGUAAAAUAAACCUUUUAACAAAAUAACUUA